AUGGCGAAGAACACGGCAAAAUCCGCGGCCCACCCCGAGAUCCCAGCAACAGCCACACCACGAUCUCUCUCGCGGCCCCACCACUCACCACGAUCCAUCCCCACCACAAACCCCCUCCCCCUGCCUUAUCCUCUCGCACACCUCUCUCUCUCUCUCAUACCUGUCUCUCUUCGUGCGCAGGUAGGCCGCCGCUCGUCCCAUCUGCUCGGCCGCCGCUUGCUCCAUCUUCCCCAGCCGCCGCUCGCGCCACCAGACCCUGCCGCGGCUGCCCCUUGCCCCAUCUGCCCCGGCCGCCGCUUGCGCCACCAGCCCCUGCCCGGCCGCCGCUCGCAGCCCCGGCCCCUGCUGCAGCUCGCCUCACCGGUCCCGGCCACAGCUCCACCACUCACCGCCCCGGCCGCUGCUCGCCCCACUGGCCCCGGCCGCUGCUCCGCCACUCGCCGCCCGGACCAACACUCCGCCACCCUGCGCUCCUCUUCCCUGUGCCUAAGCUCCGGCGAACUCACCUCCGGCAACUGCUCCUCCACGCCCGCGCCCUUCUUCCUCUCCUCCGUCGCUCAGCUGCUGCUCCGGCCAUGGCUCCGCCGUCCAUUGUUUCUCCGGCCGCUGUCGUCCGCUGGUACUCCGGCCACCAUCGAGCGCGACUAUGCGGUGGCGCGACAAGUAGGACCGGGCGAGCGCGGCUGUGCGGUGGCGCGGCGAGUAGAGCCGGGCAGCAGCAGUGGAGUCCCUGGCGAGAGGAAAGACGGCCGGCAAUGAAGUACAUGUUGCUGCGGUGGAGAAGAAGGACUUGAUUGUUUUUCAUUUUUACUUAGUGGGGUCCUUUGUGUAAAUUUUUAGGACAACUCUGUAACUGUAACUUCUCUGUUCAUCGUUGAUUCUUAUAACAAAGUGUCGAUGAAUACUGUGGUGUUCAUCGUUGUCCGUUAGUUCCUUGUAGCCUUUGCACAUGGACUGUUAGUUUAGAUUAUUUUAAUAGGAAAACUUCUUUGAUGUC